AAGCACCCCGCGGUACCACCCUCCGGCGAUAUAUUCAAAACUACUGUCAGUUUUACGUAGACACUAGGAACGGAGACAAGUUCUGAAGUCCGUGUGUAACGUACAUUUUACCUUUCUGUGCGGCAGGUCAGGUGCAAUUUCUUUCUGCAAUGUGGUGUAGCCGAGUAUCGCUUCGGAGGCUUCAACGCAUUGUCGUCUCGCCGCUCUACACAUCCAGUCCAGUGAUCUCCACGCAGAGAGCGAUGUCAACUUUGCCCAGGGUAUAUGUUACCCGCAGAAUACCACCAGAAGGACUGAAGAUUCUCAAUGAAUCUGGCCAAGUUCAGUAUGAGCUGUGGGACUCCGAUGACCCUGUCCCACGUCAGGAGCUGUUGAACAAGGUGAAAGGGGUAGACGGCCUGGUCUGUGUGCUGACGGAAAAGAUCGAUGCCGAGCUGUUGGAUGCUGCAGGCCCCAAUCUUAGAGUGCUGAGCACCAUGUCUGUGGGGUAUGACCACCUGACCCUGGAGGAGCUGAAGAAGAGGGGGAUAAGAGUGGGCUACACCCCCGAUGUCCUGACUGACGCGGUCGCUGAACUGACUGUGGCUCUGCUGCUCACCACCUCUCGACGGCUGAUUGAGGCCACGCAUGAGGCCAAAACUGGUGGCUGGGGGACCUGGAGGACCAUGUGGCUGUGUGGAUAUGAACUGGCCGACAGCACGGUGGGGAUUCUGGGCAUGGGGAGGAUCGGUGUGGCCAUUGCUGAGCGACUGAAACCCUUCAAGGUGAAAAAGUUCAUCUACACCGAUGUGGCACCAAGACCAGAGCUGGCCAGUAGCAUAGGGGCAGAGUAUGUUUCAAUGGAGGAGCUGGCAAAGCAGUCAGACUUCCUGGCUGUGUGCUGUGCUCUCACCCCAGAGACACAGGGCUUCUGCAACAAGAAGCUCUUCUCACAGAUGAAGAACACUGCAGUCUUUAUCAACACCAGCAGAGGAGGCGUGGUGAACCAGGAGGACCUGUACGAGGCUCUGUCCAGCGGUCAGAUCGCCGCGGCUGGGCUGGACGUCACUGUGCCUGAGCCCCUGCCCACCAGCCACCCCCUCUUCACGCUGAAAAACUGCGUGAUCCUGCCCCACAUUGCCAGUGCUUCCUAUUCCACUCGUAACGCCAUGUCUGCCCUGGCUGCCAAUAACCUGCUGGCAGGGUUGAAGGGGGAACCCAUGCCAAAGGAGCUGAAGCUGUAGAUCUUUUUCUACUGUACACAAAAAGUGGGACGCAGAACGAGGGCCCUCUACUGUCCGGAUGUUAGAACUGCCACCAUGUGUCGCCCCUUCUCUUGAUGUCCUGUCUUGAUAAAGCACCUAAAUUAGAUUAUGUAGCUGUAUCCAUUUUAAUUUUUUUAUUCAAAUUAAGCCGUAGUCUGAACUGUUUGUUUUCUAACAUUUUGGAUUAUUUGUCAGGAAGGUUAAGAAAAAGUCACCUGUCGAAUAUAUUUUCGAAUAUUUUCCAAAUAUUUCACUUGCUAGAAAAAAUAUUUCCUUUACAAAUAAUAAUAUCUGUAUGCAAUAGAAAAUAUUGUAAAAGUACUUGUAUUGUAAAUAAAUUGGACAACGUAUGCUUUAUUAUUGUCAAGGAGUAAAUCCCGCAGACUAGUGAAAUAACCAUGACUGUUGACUCGAAAUAUCGUCAGACAAGCUGGUAAUUAUUAGGCCAUUAGGCAUUAGGAGCAAUAGUGGCAUAUAAAUUAAACACAUGGAAAGGGUUAAAAACUGUGAAAACAUAUGUAGCUAUAUUCCGCCUUCCUACAAUGAAAAUAACAUGGGCAAAAUGUACAUUGUUGAACCUCGAGGCUGCGCCCUCUUUCAAUUUUAUACUCUAAUAAAAUAGCAUAUGUGGCGGUAAA